AUGUUAGGAAGUCUUGGCUCGGAAACCCAUCUUCUGAUACGACAAGAUGGUGUGCUGAGGACAUUUGAUACGACAAUGUCGGAGGCGUUAACUGAUGCGAUUGAUAAAGGACCCGUGGAGUUGCAUAGACGAACAAAUGUGAAAUCAGUGAGUAAAAAUGAUCGUGGACUGUUGAAGGUGGAAACUGAUAAUGGUGUGCUGAAUGAUGUGGAUACGCUGAUAUGGGCUAUUGGACGGAAACCACAUACGGACGGUCUUAAUUUAGAUCUAUUGGUUGGUAAUGUUGAUUGUUUUGACGAGAAUUUAUGCGGAUUGCAUUGCGUCUUUGUGAAGGAUGUGAUUUUGUGGUAA